CUCUGCACAAUUCAGCAGCGCCAUCCGCAGAAGAAUGCACUCCACCUGAUUAAUUGGAGAGUAACCAAACGACCAAAACCCAGCAGAGGGAAGGCUGUUCCAAACAGGAGGAGACCGUGGAGGACAAUCUAAAAGGGCUAUGACCAGUGACAGCAGCAAACCGCGGUAUGUGUCAACCUUCAAGCUACAACUCAGGCCAUUACAACCCCACCAUGCACAGACCAACGGGACAAGGGUGACAGAGAUCAGGACUUCUGGCAAACGUCCUGAAAAAGAUUGUUCUAAAAAUCUGGAUCCACCUGUCUUUAUAAAGCCGCUUGAAGACUGUUGUGUGAACGAAGGAACCGACUUGGCGCUACGAGGAGUCCUCACAGGAAGUCAGCCUAUCAAAGUGACAUGGCUGCACAACGGUGAAGUGGCACGAUUUGGAAACUCUUCUUCAAAUGGCAGGGAUGUGAGUUUUGUGGUGAGGGAAUGCUUACCAGAAGAUGCUGGGGCAUACACAUGCUUGGCUGAAAACAGUGCGGGUAGGACAUCCUGCAGUGCAGCUGUGGUCAUCAAAGACUUCGAAAGUCUGUGCGGCGUCUCAAAGUCACCCACUUCUGCAUUCAAGAGCCCCGUGGAAAACGGACAGCGUUCACAAACCUCCAAAGCGGAGCCGCACAAGCUUAAAGGAUCGAUCUGUACGUCGCCUGUAAAAUCUAUUAAGGAGAGCCCGGUCCCCUCACCAAAAGAAGCCAUCCCAAAGAAGAGAACCAACUCGGCGACUGGCUCAGUGCUCAGCUUUCAGAAUCCACCCCAGCACUUGGAGGUGAAGUUGGGACAAACUGCCCGUCUGACCUGUUUUUUCACCGGAAGCCCCCCUGUGGUAUCCUGCUGGAUCAGGAACAAAGAACAGAUAGUCGACGGUCCAGAAGUGUGGACAGAACAUACAGAACAGAGCAGCGCGUUGGUCAUAGCCGAGGCUAAGCCACAGCACACGGGACGCUACACCGUCGUAGUAAAGGACCGCAAAAGCUCAGCCCAACACACCGUUACCCUCUCUGUCAUAGACAGGCCAGAGCCUCCUGCUUCGUGUCCGGUGGCCUCUCACACAUCUGCGUCCGGCUUUGUGUUGUCCUGGUCGGGGCCCUGCUACGACGGCGGCAGUGCCAUCCUGGGCUAUGCGGUGGAAGUGAGAAGGCAAGGACCUUCUGAGCCCGGAGAGUGGAAAACGCUCAAGGCCGACUGCGCCAGCACCUCAUACCAAGUGGCGUCCGGGCUGCAACCGGAGCAGGAGUACCGUUUCAGAGUGAGGGCUUACAACGCGGUGGGGGAGAGCGAGCCCAGUCCCGUUUCGGCCGUGGUGAAAAUGGAGAGGACAGAUUCUGAGAAAACACAAGAAGAAGCCACUCAGUACUCCUGUGUCACGAUUGAUUCGUCCCACAAAGUUACCGAUCACUACAACCUGCACGAGAAAUUAGGAACGGGAAAAUUUGGCCUUGUGUUCAAGCUCACCCACAAGGAGACGGGCCUCGUGUGCGCGGGAAAGUUCUACAAAGGACGGCGGGCCAAGGAGAGGGAAGCCGCGCGCAAAGAAAUCGAGCUGAUGAACGACCUCCACCACCCCAAGCUUGUUCAGUGUCUGGGCGCCUACGAUCACAAACCGGAGAUGGUCAUGGUGAUGGAGUUCAUCGCAGGCGGGGAGCUGUUCGAGCGCAUCGUGGACGACAACUUCGAGCACACGGAGCUGGCCAGCGUGCGCUACAUGCAGCAGAUCCUGGAGGGGAUGGCCUUCAUGCACCAGCAGAACAUCGUCCACCUGGACCUGAAGCCCGAAAACAUCGUUUGCGUCGACACCACCGGCACCUCCGUCAAGAUAAUCGACUUUGGACUGGCCAGUAAACUCGAUGGCAACGCCGCCCUGAAGGUGAUGCACGGCACUCCUGAGUUUGUAGCGCCUGAAGUCAUCAACUACGAGCCCGUGUGCUUGGCCACUGACAUGUGGAGCAUCGGCGUCAUCUGCUACAUCCUGUGAGUCUCCUCGUCGACCCGUCCGCAUCUG